GGGGAGCAACGCAAGAGGAGCAGCGGAGCUUUUUCUACCGCAUCACGUACGUUGACGGUCCUCGGUUGUUUGCGCGUGGCAUGAUCGGCCGCGCAACGUUAAUAUUGAUAUUGUCAACAACGUAGCUGGAAGUUCACGUUCUAUCGACGAGCCCGCGCCCGCCGCGCGGUGGAAGUUCAGGACCUCGAAAAAAACUUCCGGCAAAUUAAUCGGAGAAGCGGUAAGAAAGCGGGAGCGCCGAAUGCAGCGUGACUUUCAUAACGGCCGGAGGGAAAAACGGGACGGCGAUCCAAUCAGAAAGGUCGCGAUGUCUGGAAGCUCCGCUCUGUCCGCAUGGCUCUUUCUAAUUGCUCUGGCAACAAUAACACAUCGGUCCGCGGGACAGCCGCAGCAGCUGAUAGCAUGCAGCCAGCCGGAUAGCUUCACGGUCCAAAUAACCGAAAACGAGAAUGUUGUUGUCUACGGCACCGAAUUAUUAAUCAGGUACAACCCACGCGCCGGGAUACACCUCUUCCCCGGGGCAGACGCAGUGAACGUUGUCUUCGAUGAAUCCAGCAUAGAAUUCAAAGGAUAUAUGUCGCCGGAGUAUCCGGUGGCCCUACCGUUCGGAUCACCCGAGAGGCUUUCUUGGAACAGCAGCGGUAUCAUUUUGGGUACCGGCACACUCCGAAAACUGAGCAGAGAGGAUUAUAUAGUCCGGGAAUGUCGUUUAUUUUUGCCGAAGAAUAUCAAAAGCAGCGUUAAUCUGCCGUUCGCCGUGAAAGACGAGAUCGCAAAUCACGCUCUCCGCUGCAUCGAUGAGUACCUUUGCAAGGAACUGGGACUGAUAGAGACAAGGAAAUUAGAAGAUAUCAAUAAAGACCACAGAUCUGCAUCUUACGCUGACGCUUCUUACAAUGUCCCACAACCAGAUUGCAUCAUGUCGAAUAACUUUGAUAUAAACGAGCCCAUCAAUCUUGCCGUGAAAAAUAUCGUAGCUUAUAUCGAACGCAACAAUCAUUCCAAGGUUGUGAUCCCUAAUGUGGACGAAUCACACGAACUAGGACCGUUCGGUAUGAAGUGCUACUUUCAAGCAAUCAACGGAACUUUCGAAGAUCUCUCGACCCUGGAGAGAACGGGGAAUGCACAAGUAUCUAGUAUAGGAAAGGUACACGUUGUAAUACUUGCCUUUGGGCUUUCCACGGCUAACUUUAGCUACGAUUAUUACAAGAUUAAAUACGGCGUCAUGAGACUAAACGGCAAGGUUACGGGUUCCAUUGAUGGACUAGCGCUAACACUAAGUGUAGUCAUCGACUACGACAAAGAAUGUCCUAUAAUGUUGGAAUACAUUAAAGUGACAAAGGUUGGCGACAUUAAGAUAAAAAUGACUGGCUUAGGAUUGAUUAACAGUGUAACAUCGAAGAUACUGAGUUGGCUGACGAAUAUGUGGCGAAAAAAUAUCGUGAGCCUUGUGGAAGUUAAUGUGAAAAAUGCUAUUAACAAACAUCUACGCGAUUAUAUCUGCACCGAAUUUAUAAGCACACAUAAUGAGACAAGUUGAGAUAAUCUCAUAGAUGCCAUAUACUAUUAUAAUGUAAAAAAAAUGUAAUAAACACGAUUGAAUAUGUUGCGUGACAUGUGUACGUCCCGAAACACGAAAAUUGAAAUAAAAAUUUGU